GCUCCAUUAUUGAAUAGUAUGCCCCCGUUGCACGGCACAUGGUGCACAAAUAUUACUCCAUCGGGAUUUUUGGUCAGACUGGGUCCACCCUCUUCACCGCUUCGACAGCUCCGCAGCCCCACCGCUCCACCUCUCACUUUUUGCGCCUCCCUCCGCAUUACCCAUGGCCUCGCCGUCUUCUGCCUCCCGAACCCCUCCCUCUCCGCCGUCCGCCGCCGCCGCCACCGAGCAAAGUCCUCAAACCGCGCAGCUUCAGGACGUUGCCCCGCCCGUCGCAACCCAUGACAGCAAAGAAGGAAUAAAAAUGCUCAUACCAAAAGAAGAACCCUAUGAAAGAAAGCCUGACUUGUUGGAUCCUUUUCUCGGUAAUGUAUCAGGGCAUGCUCGUCGUCCUCCUCGUCAUCAACGACAAGCUGGUGGCAGUAGUGGCACUAGGGUUGAGAUCUAUGACAACAACAACAAUGGAGAUGGUCAAAUUGAGCAUGUCAAUGAAGAUUAUCUCAAGGCGCUUGAUGAGAAGCACAUUAGAUAUGAUGCUGAAUAUUCUCGGUAUUUGAUGGGCAAAUACUUUUCUGGGAAGGCCUUUAAUGGAGCCUGUUUAACCAACCUGGUGCCAGUGAGACGGUUCUCAGACAAAAUGAUCAGUGUAAGCAAAGAUGACAGUUCCAAUCCCCUCGGGAAUGUGUAUGACCAAGAAACCAUUAUUGAAAAUGAGACUAUAAAGUCAAGCAGGUAUCAUUUUACAAGUUCAUUUGCAGAUCCUGUUCGACAUUAUGAAGAACAGAAUCGGUCUGCAUCACCUGCAGAAGAAACAUCAAGCACACCUGGCAAGAAACAUCCAUCUAAGAAGAGCUCUUAAUGUGACUUUUUUAUGAGGAUGAGUAAGAUAAAAUCUCAUCGAUGUAGUAUAAAGCCAUCGGAGCAACUGGGACCUGGAAUGGUGAGGGUAGGCUGUUCUCUCUGGAAGUAGUCAUGAUCAUCUUUCUGAAGAAAGAAUAUACUUGAAUCCUUGAAUAGCGAAACUAAAAGAAAACAAAUUUUUUAUACUUAGUUGUUUUACAUGGGUUCUGUAUCCAGAUGACUUGAUCAAUAUGUCAGUUUUAACAUUUCAUGAAAUGAAUUUGCUUUGCUCAUAAUCUCA